UCAGUGCUCGCAUUGUUUCCCGAACGAAGAGGAACUUGCGUUUGUAUUUUCCUGAGCUACAGGGUUACCUUAAACAACAGUGCAACGAAAAAAAGCUAGUGCAUUGAGAAACAGGACGAUGUCUCCGAGGCCUUGGGGUGCAAUUCCGAGCUUCUCUUCUCUUCCACCACCUCCUCAUCACAGUUUGCCAAUGACGAUAGAGGAGACGAGGGGCUCCCAGCGCCCGUACCGCUACGGCAUGAUCCUGCUGUGCGUCGGGGCGGUGAUAAACUGGCUGGGCUUGGCGGAAAAUUACGUCGAGCCGGUGCGAUACAUAGGGGUGACCUGCAUCGUGGCCGGUGCCCUCCUCAUCUGCGUCGCCAUGUGCUGCUGGCUGCACACGCCCCCGACGAGGACUAUCUCCCAAACGCACCGCACCGCUCAUCCCAUCACUGCCCAGAUCGACGACCCCAUUCACGUGAUCUCGAUAGAGGAGCCAUCCUCGGGUUCGCGGCAAAAGCCUCCGGAUUACGAGGCAGUCGCCGACGCGCCUCCCAGCUACGAUGACGCGAUAAAGCUGAACCCCGGCCAGUUGGCUUGGUCGACGUCGACUCCACAGAGCAGCGUCUGCGGUGCAUCCGCCCUCGCCUCGGCCGAACACUCGACGUUCCCCGAUGCCGUCGUCGUGGGAGUUCACGGACUGAGCCGAACAAGUGAGCCACCCGCGCACGUACCGCCGCCGCCUUACCCGAGCGAAAGUGUCCGACCAGCGACCGAGCCACGAACGAGUUGAUGGUACGUGAUGAGAGAACCCAUGCCAAAGACGGGUGUCCACCGAGGGAGUACCCGCGAGCCGCGCACGCGACGAACCAACCGGAUAGCAAGCUCGUCGCCCCGGAGAUUCUGACGUACGGACAUUUAUUAGCCCUCGGAGGAGUUACGUCCCCGCGUUGGGGGGUUGGUCGGGCGACGACUACGUAAAACCACUCCGUAAGACUGUGCACCAGCAUCUACCGCGACCGAGUGUGCAUUGGUGUUUGUUUGAGACUUUUGAUCGUUUCAACGCCGAGAUAUCAUGCAUCGAUGUACCAGUGGCACUUGCACGUCGACAAUCUAUGGUGUAGAAGAUGGUGCGUGCGCCCGUCUCUAGUCAGAGAACCGCGACGAUGGGAGCGGCCUUUGUCGCGCGUUCCGUCACAUUUGUCAAGACGUUUACCGAUGUAGGUUCGUGUACGUGUCGAAGUGACAGGUCGGACGAAUUUUAACGAGAGAACAGCACACACCAGCAUCGCCUUUGCCCUGAUUUUUUUUUUUUUUU